ACAAGACGGAUAUGAGAUCUAAUCGCCAGUGAUCGGGGGAAAUACUGGAGGACAAAACCUGUGAGGACUAUUCAGUGAGUGACAGGUGGAUUACAGGAAGAGAAGGAGUGAAAGAGUUGGACGGAUAUACUGAAAUCAAUUUCAGGAGUUCACUUUGAGAAACACUUUGUUUUCGUCUGCCAGACCUGGGCGGCCGGUCCUCACCGGCUGGGAGUCAUUUUCUCACCAGCCAGCCAGUUGACCGGUGAAGUCAGCGUUUGUACGGGAGAUUGGCGGUGAUCCACUUUCGUCUCUGCCAGAUUUUAAAGCUCAUUGCUUUUGUCCCACGGUGUGGAAUCCAGCCGGCAGUAAUCUGGGGAUGACAAACUCAUUUUGUCGAAUAAGAUCAGGGCGUCUUCUGCUGGAGCGGGUCCUGCUUUGUCUCUGAACUUCGAACACACUCCAUCCAGCCCGCCAUUUCUGAAUUCACGACAGGUCGCUUCUGAAUGACGAGAGUACCAGAUGCACCCAGUCGAGCACGUUCGAAUAGAAGAGUCUGUCCGGUCGAUGCUGUGCGAUUAUCUUGUCUGAUACGCUGUAAUUAUUACGAGGAGACGAAAAUUACCAAGUAAGAAAUACUGUUCAAUCGAGCCGCAAAGUAUACAUGGCAGCGUAUUGAGCUUGCUCCACCAUUCACGUAAGACUGGGCAUUGUGAGAGAAAUCUAUACCUCUGGGUAAAGGAGCAGGCGGGAAAAGAGCAUACAAGCACCCGGCUGCAGCCUCGACACCCUUUUGACACUGACUAUGGAGCACCACUCAAACUUAAUGGGUUUUAUUUAACCUUAGCUUUCGCAAAAUUGGUUGGGUGAGACACAAUUCGGAGUCUAUUGAGACUUGGCUGUAGCUGUGAGGAACUGCCUCCCCAUAGGCGUUGAUGCAAAUCCUGUCUGAGUUAUUAAAACAAGUUUGAGAAUUAAGCAUUGUUGCCCUAUAUUUCCCCGUCCUCCAGGGCUCUGUAAUGUAGGUAGCUCCGUUUCAGAAGUUUGCAUUCUGACAAAGAUCAGCGGGUGAAAACUUGCUUGGGAAGCCAUUUCCCUCUGCCAGUAUCUGACUGCUAUUGAUGUGCCUGCUCCUCGGAGCGGUGUGGUUUGACCUCGCGGAGACGAGCAGUCUAUUUGUUGUUGUGGUUAAUUGUGCGACUCGGUGUGAGCAAGUGAUGCUCAGAAGUGGCUCAGCUCAGAGUUUGACACAGCAGUCAGUGAUGAGCUAAUUGCAGCGCCCGUUUUUUAGUUAAUUGCACCGCUACAGAAGGAGAUUAUCGUCGUUGGAAGUUCAGUUUGGUCAACUCUUGUCGUGCUUUUCAUACGUCUUUUCAGAGGCUUAAGGCGCUGUGGUGGAAAAAUCCGUAGAGGUGCUGUUUGUGCUUUGUUGUGCUCAGAUGGGAGUGAAUUUUGGUGCUGCUUUGUAAAAGCAAAUCUUCAAUACUUUAUGGAUUUGAGACCAAAGAUGUCGGAAAGUCUUUGUAAAUAGAACCAAGCUGCAAAGUGAGCAGCGGAAGGUUGACGCUGAAAGCUCAUCUCUGUGUGUAUUGAGAUACGGCACGAAAACUCCCAGAGUUUCGUCCCUGCGACUCAAGUCCAGAUUACAAGUUUUUGGUUAGAUCAGUUUAUUUACUUUAAACAGGCUCUUUGUUGUUCAUAAAUAACAACUCUCGUGUAAGAAGGCUUCGCCAGUCGCGUGUGCUUGUGUGUCUGUUGACUUGUGUUUCGGGGAGGAGCGGGGAAGACCACAGUGGACCCAUUGAUCGAGUGUGCAUCGACACACAUUCACAUUUUCUCAAUUAACAAUGAGGGCAGUUUGGAGCAUGGCCCUCCACCCACCCCCCUUCUCCAUGGCCUUACGGAGCCUGGUUCUGAUCCUGCUUUGCAUCACUCCUCGCAGUCAGGCGGUGCAGGCGGAGAACGUGACUGUGUUGGAGGGAGGCACGGCCCAGAUAUCGUGCCGCCUCCAGAACUACGACGGAUCCAUCGUGGUCAUCCAGAACCCCAGGCGGCAGACUCUGUUCUUCAACGGGACACGAGCUCUCAAAGAUGAUCGAUUCCAGAUGGUCCUCUUCACUCAGCGACUGGUCCGCAUCACCCUGACCAACGUGAGCGUAUCGGACGAGGGCGGUUACUUCUGCCAGCUCUAUACCGACGCCACACACCACCAGGUGGCGACGCUGUCGGUUUCCGUGCCGCCGGAAACGCCCACCGUUGAGGUGAAGCAGGAGGCGGUGGAAGGUGGUGAGGUGGAGCUCUCAUGCGUGUCGCCACGCAGCAAACCAGCCGCCACCCUGCACUGGAUGCGGAACGGCCGCGAGAUUCCAGGUGUGGUGUCCCAGCAGGACAAUGGGAAGACGUUCAGUGUGUCCAACACCAUCCGGAUCCCAGUGGAGAGGAAAGACAAUGGUGCGGCACUGAGCUGCGAGGCAAUCCAUCCGGCGCUGAGCGGCCAGAAGAGGGUCCGCCAUUAUCGCCUGGAUGUGUAUUAUGCCCCCGUGGUCAGGAUCAUACCUCCCCCUGGCAUUUUGCGAGAGGGCGACUCACUCAGCCUGACCUGCUCCGUCAACGGGAACCCGCUGCCAAGGAACAUUCAGUGGUCAAAGAUCAACGACACCCUUCCUGAGAGGGCAGAGAUUUCGGGCCCCACCUUUCAGAUCUCUCGUCUCAGCCAGUCGCACAACGGCACGUACUUGUGCCAGGCGCAGAACAACUACGGACGAGCUGCUGACCACUACACCCUGUUGGUGUACGACAACGUGUCACUCACUACCACGGUCCCUCCCAUUCCCACCACCCGACCUAUCACUUCCCGCCCUGCCACCCCAACCCUCCUCCCGCCCAUCCCUGGCCAGGACCCAGAAGAUCCUGGUGCAGUGGUGGAGACUCACAGUGCAGUGCCAUAUGCAGUGAUAGGUGGCGUCCUUGCACUGCUGGUGUUUACCGUCAUCUGCGUCCUCAUCGUCACCAUCUGGUGUUCAGUCCGGCAGAAAGGUUCCUAUCUCACCCACGAGGCGAGCGGGUUGGAUGAACAUGGCGAGGUGCAAGAGGCCUUCCUCAAUGGGAAUGAUGCCAGCCAGGGCAAGAAGGAGUACCUACUGUAGCCCCUGUCUCUUUAUUUGCCCCUCUUCCCUGCUCUUCUUACCUCAUCCCUUCAUUUGGUCCUGUCCCCCUCUCCCUACUGACACACACACACACACACACACACACACACACACACACACACAACACGCCAUAGCGGGCGGCCUUCUGAAAACGACUGUAUACUGAUACGGCAAAUAGCCAAUCCAUUUCACUCCACAUCACACAGGGAAAGAGAGAGAGCGAGCGUCUAUAGACCCACCAGCUAUUAACAACUGUGCCAUAUACUGUAAGUCGGAUGAAUCUGGGGGAAAUGAAGAAAGAGGGGAGGGGGAGACGGCGAAAGCGAAAUGAUGCCAUAAUUAUUUUGAUUGAGCAGAGAGUGCAGUCGCCAAAGUGGAAAGGGAAUUAGACGCAGAUGACUGAUAUACAUCCUCGCCGGGAGGGAAUCAUUUAUUUCACAAAGCUCAAUAUUUAACAGCUCCCAGAGAGAAAGGGAAAGAAAGAGCGAGAGAGAAUGCAGAGGGAUGUUGACCAGUAGCUAUGAAGCGCCUUGAAAUGAAAGAUGCUUGGAAUUGCAAAGGAUCUUGUCUUUGAAGCUGCAUUCAUCUAUAAUUCUCUAACAAUAGUGAAUGCAGAGCCACACAUGGAUCCAUACCGAAUGGGAACGUCAGAAUUUUUUUCACAUCGCUUGUCAAGUUACUGUAACAUUUCUGAAACUUUGUGGUUUCCUAAGUAGAGAAGGACGACUUAGUAGUAUUGAAGUUGGUUGAGGUGAAGUAGUAGCGUGUACUAAUGUAAAACUCCUGCAAUGGACAUGAUAUUUGGGCCGCUAACUUAAAAUGAAGAGUGUUCUUGGUGGAGAAAUACAUUUAUUUACCAUGCGAUUUACCAAACUUCAGAGCAUCCUUGCACUUUGAAACUGUCCUAUUGUUCGGCACAACAGUGUAAAAGGGUUGUGGCUAGUGAUGGAUUGAUGAGGUUUUGUGAAACAGUGUCCACAUUUUCGUAGGCCACUAGAUGGCACUAUAUCUGCUUUAUAAUCUUCGGAACAACUUCACAUCAUUUUUAAAUCAAGAGUGCCAUCUACGGAGCAAGGACACUGUUUCUCAUUCACUCCAGUCCAUUCAAAAUGGACUGGACUGUCAGGACAUGACCAGGAACAGUCCAGAGACUGAGGCAGUUGUUCUUGAAUCCAUUCUCUGCCAUGCCCUGCCACUAAAUACACUGUGAUCAUUGUCGUCGCACACGCUCAGUGGAAAUCGACAAGCAAUGGAUAAGUUGAAUUUGCGAGUCUCCAGAACUUAAAAAUCCAAAACCCACCCUGAAAAAUACAGUACACAGUGACAAGUAUCUUUAUAAGUACUUGUUUUUAACCUAAAAUUGCACUUAAUUUUUUUUUCCAAGACUUACUUCAAUCACUGACUUGUAUAAUGAUUUUUUUUUGUUCCAUUUCCCAUUAAAGGGGUGAUUCACAGUGCCAUAUUUUUUUUUAUUAAAUUAUAUCCACUGGUCGCUAAUUGAAUACUGCAGGAACAAAUGACGCACAAGCUCCAUUCGCUUGCUUACCGUCGCCUCCUCUCUCCCGUCCUCUCGUUCUUUCCUUCUGUUCUCUCACUCGCUCUUUGUCUGUGUGGCUUAAUGAAAGGAUUAGUGUCGGGCCGCGCUCCGAACCAAGAAGAAAGGAAUAUGACUUAUGAAGGCAUUAAAGAAUAGCUUAAUUAUUUUCCAAUGUCAUUAAGGGGAUGAAAGGUUUAAGAAGGGCAAGGGGGAGUGGUGGUUAAAAGAAAUGAAUGAGGGGAAAACAUUUUUUACUCUCCUUGAACGACGCCGCACACGCGCAGCACACACACAUUUAUACAUACGGUAAAUACAAGUAUACAUAUCUCUGGAUUCUUUAUUUGUAUAAAAAACGAACAUCAGAAUAAAUUAAAUGACACUUUUAAGGAGAAGAACCACUGUUUACUAUUGAAUAUUGCAACUAUACUAACAACUGACUUUAGCCUAGAAGCGAAAUCGAACAAACUACUGUCCAGUGAUCUUUAAAGAAAAAAACAUAUAUAAAAACAGACAAAAAAAAUCUCUCUCUCUCUCAUUAUAUAUAUAAAUAUAUAUAUAUACAUCAUUUGUCUUUAUGAUAAACAAGAUUUUUUUUUAUUAAUUAUUAUAAUUAUUUGAACAAAUAUGAUUGUUGUUACUGUUAUUAUUAUUAUUGCUGUUGUUAUUCUUACAAAUGUAAAUGUUAAAGAAAUGUACACUUUCCAUGGUUUGUUUUUGGUUCAAAUGUAGAGAAAUUGACGUCUUUUUUUUGUUUUUUCUCAAGUUUGACCUGCUGCCUUUCCUCUCUUACCCAGUAUUUCUCUCUUUAUCGUCUCCUGUGCCUAGUAGUCUCUUCCUCUCCCGUCCUCCAUUGUUAAUUUUCGCGUUCAUGUGCCAUUGUUGAUAUAUAGCUAACGAUUUCUUUAUAGGGGAAAGAUUCGAAGCACGAGAAAAUUAAAAAGCUGAAAAAUG